CGCGGUUUGGCUUCAGUCGCGCGGCCACUGCAGAGAGAUCGGACGCACCGGGCUGUUUGUUGGUGACAAGCUUGAAUCAAGAGCCGAAAAUGAAGAAUUAUCUGAGCUUCGUGGCCCUCGUGGCUGUUUUCUGCGCCGUUGAUGCCGGCUACAUGCGGAGUCCUCCCAAAGUCCAGCUGUACAGUCGGGAUCCGGGACUUUUCGGCAAAGGCAACGUCCUGAUCUGCCACGUGAGCCAGUUCCACCCUCCGGACAUCACCAUCACGCUCCUGAAGGGCGACGCUCCUCUGGACAACGCCCAGCAGACCGACCUGGCCUUCAAACAGGACUGGCACUUCCACCUGACCAACAGCGCCCCCUUCACCCCCGAGAGCGGCGUCAAGUUCACCUGCCGGGUCAACCACGGCGGCAGGGUCACGGACUACGUCUGGGAUCCAAACAUGUGAGUCCGGCCGCGCUGCCUCGUGCCUACACUUCCCAUCAUGCACCGCUGCUUCACCAAUCCAACACGAACGUCCCGUCUUCAGUCGGACGUCCGCAGAUCUGCUCCGUAACUCACGAUCGUUUCCCUCAGCGCUUCUUCUUCUUCUUCUUCAAAACCCUGGGUGCGGGUUCAGGAUUUUAGACCACACUUAAAUCACAAUACGCCAAGACUUCUCCGUAGAUUUCUGAUUUUUGUUCUGUUUUUUUUUUCGAUUUUUGUCAUCUGAGAUUGUUUUUCCGAUAUUUAUGAAUCAUGUUUUCUAGACUAGGGACUAAACCGGGACUAAAGUGGGUCUUAACUCGGUCUAAAACGGACCACGCUUCCAACUGAGACGCUGUAUAAUCAGGUUUAAACUCGGACUUUAGUGUCAAACCAGUCCAGGACCAAACCAGGACUACCGUAGAUCUUAACCGGGACUAAACCAGGUCUAAAACCGGACUAAACGUACAGCUAUGACACUAUGGACUCAGGGACUAAACCGGGACUGAUCAAGACUAAGAAAAGGACUAAAAGAUCAAACCAGGACUAAACCAGGACUAAACCAAGACUAGGAAGAGGACUAAAGAAUCAGACCAGGACUAAACCAGGACUAGACAGUUGUAGAAUUUGAGAUCACGGGAGACGGUUUGAUUGUAAAUAUGACUUGACUGUUGAUCUUUGAAUAAAAAUUUUAGAAAAUGAAA